CAAAAACUGAAAACACCUGUGGAAGUGUGCACAUGUCCACUUCAGCAACCACACUGUGAAUUGCUUGAGCCUGUUUUUGCUGAAGGCAUGGCCAGCAUAGAUGUAUUGACAACCAGGUUUUACGCAUAUCUCAAAAUGUACAGUCAGGAUUUACGUGAACAAAGCUUUGCAGACUGGCCAUUUAGAGAGGGAUGUAACUGCACACCUGAAAAGAUGGCCAAAGCUGGGUUUGUCCACUGCCCCAGUGAGAACGAGCCUGAUGUUGCCUGCUGUUUCUUCUGUCUGAUCGAGCUUGAGGGCUGGGAGCCAGAUGACGAUCCCUGGUCUGAACACGUGAAACGCUCCCCUAACUGUGGAUUCUUAACCGGGAGGAAAGACUUUGCCGAGCUAACUGUGGUUGAAUUCUACAAUAUGGAAAAGGAGAGGCUAAAGGUCUACCUUAGAAAAGUUUGUCACAAGAAGAUGGCAUAUUUGCGGGAUGACAUAGACCAUACGCUUGAGAGCCUUAAAUCUCAGUUGGAUUCUAUAUGAGUGAAAUCAAAAUUCCUGUCUAUAAACUGUGAUUUUAUUGCCACACUUAUCUUAAGGGUGUAGCAACAGCCUAUAGUCUUGACUCAAUAGUUUGAUGUAAUGGAAGUUUAAAAUAUCAAUAAAGUUUUUUGAGGAAUAUUGCA